GAUACGCAUGAAGUCAUAACAUCCAGCACUGGCAUACUAUUAUUUCUCUCGAGCUCCAAAAUAAACUUAUAAGUUAUAACUAUGCUCUAUCGAUCGUUAUUGAAAUUAUUGCCUUUUCAUCAAAGGAACUGCAAUAGAGCAUUAUUAUCACACAUUCGGAACUUCAGCGGCAAGGAAACAUUGGCUGAAGAUGACCCAGUUGUUUGGGAGCUGGUCAAAGAAGAGAAGAUGCGCCAGAAGCAGGGACUUGAGUUGAUUCCUUCAGAGAAUUUUUGUACUCGUGCUGGUUUGGAAGCUCUUGGUUCAUGUCUAAACAACAAAUACUCUGAAGGCUAUCCUGGAGCUCGCUACUAUGGUGGCACUGAUGUUGUGGACAAGGUGGAGAGGUUGUGUCAGAGUCGUGCCUUGGAGGCAUUCCGUCUGAACCCUGAUGAGUGGGGCUGUAAUGUUCAGCCCUACAGCGGCUCUCCAGCUAAUUUUGCUGUUUACACUGGCAUCCUCAAACCUCAUGACAGGCUCAUGGGGCUCGAUCUUCCUGAUGGAGGACAUUUGACUCACGGCUUCAUGAGUGAUACUAAGCGAGUGUCAGCAACUUCAAUAUACUUUGAGUCAAUGCCUUAUAAGCUCAACCCAGAAACUGGGACAAUAGACUAUGAAAACCUGCACAAAACUGCCCUGCUAUUCCGCCCUAAGCUUAUCAUUGCCGGAGCGAGUGCCUAUUCCAGGCUCUUUGAUUACGAGGCCAUGAGGAAGACAUGUGAUGUGACAAACUCACUGCUGAUGGGGGACAUGGCGCACAUCUCAGGCCUGGUCGCUGCUGGCGUCAUCCCAUCACCAUUCGACCACUGCCACAUCGUCACAACCACCACACACAAGACGCUCAGGGGACCUCGCUCCGGACUCAUCUUCUUCAGACGUGGCGACAAGGGCGUUCACCCGAAGACGGGGGCGGUGGUGAAGUGGGACCUGGAGUCGCGCAUCAACGGUGCGCUGUUCCCCGUCGCUAAUGUUGACGUACACAUACGGCAGUGGUACCGCGGCACGGACAACCACCUGGUGCUGGUGGACCUUAGGCCCCGCGGGCUGGACGGCGCACGCAUGGAGUUUGUCUGCAACGCGUCGAGCAUCACCGUCAACAAGAACAGCGUUCCUGGCGACACCUCCGCACUUGUGCCAGGGGGCAUCAGGAUGGGCACUCCAGCUUUGACUUCACGGGGAUUCUCAGAGAAGGACUUCAGUGAAGUUGCCGGGCUGGUGCAGGAGGCGGUCGACAUCGUGCUGCUCGCCAAGUCUAAGACAGUCUCCACCAAACUCAAGGAUUUCCAAGCUCUUUGCCUGCAAGAUUCUGAAAUCCGAGAACAAAUAUCCGCGCUCAAGAAGAAAGUCAACGACUUUGCUCUUAGUUACCCAAUGCCUGGCUUCGAUGACCACUGAAUUUAGAGUGAAUUUGACGUUUGAGUUAUCAAUAUAACCCUCUUAAUACUCUAAAAAGUUUUGUAUUUGACUCAAUUAUCUUAGAAAUAGUCGAACAGCCACUCGGUGCGACAAAAUCUCAAUUUUGUUAUUUCUCAUUUCGUUCUUGAAAUUUUCUCCAGUACUCCAAUACUCACAGAAAAAUUUUGCUGGAAAAAAUAAGUUCAACUAAACCCACGACGCAUCGUAAGUUGUUUCCCUCUCGUACCGCGUAGCUCGUGCAUUGCUGGUCGUAAAUAAUCUAUCAUAAUGUUUCUUUUUUUUCCAACUUCCUCGUCCUAUUUCUUUCUUCCUCGUCAGAAAAGACCUACGCCUCCGAUAAAACGCCACAUUCGUGUCAUGAUAUUGCUGGUUGAGAUGAAGUAACAGAAGAUGAACUGAACCGAGAAGCAUACACCUUCGACCAGAUAGAUCAGGCUACGAGCCUGAAACCAACAAAGAAACCUGACACUGCAAACCGAAUAUUGCACCUUCGGCGCGAAAUAGACGAAACUGAUCUGAAGCGCUAGAAACCUCUCUCCUACUACUACUACCGUACUACUACUCGUCAUAUUUUCUUAAUGCCUUUUUCUCUUUUGGAAUUAAAGCUCAAAUCUUUGUAAAGAUUAGGUCCUGGUUGUUGAAACUAUUUAUUCCUUAUUAAAUUUUAAAACAAACGUUACUGUAUUAAAUUAUUUUCUAUUUAAUAUUGAUAUAUUGAUUGCUUGAUGCAAUUGUAUGAAUGAUGGUGAGGCCAUUACAUUCCUUGAAGUCAUAUAUUUUUUGUAAAGUUUAUUCACUGAGGAAAGACUUGCUUUGAUUUAUUAUUAAAGAUCAUAAAUUUAUCAUAUAUUCACGUGCUUGUCAAGUUUCGAUCCUGCCGAGUUACGGACGUAUAUCAUUUGUAGUACACGAUGUCUGAAGUGCCUUGAAGAAAAAUAAUUAUAAUCAACAUAACUGUUUAAAUCGGGCAUUGUAAAAGUUUUUUUUCUAUGUUGAAAUUCUUUGUACGGUACUUGUUAUAUUUUAACAGAAUUUUUUAACAUAAAUUAGUAAAAAUAAUGGUUUUCGAGAUAUUCUAGUGAAGUAUUUAUGAAACACAAAUUGUUUCUAAUGUAAAAAAAUCUCCAGAGAACAGAAAAUGUAAUAAAAAUUGUUGAAUUAAUCUCUACGAGAUGUGCUGCCUACUCACACACCUGUAUUUGCAGCAUUUGUUCAUGUAGUAGCGGUAGGUAAUUCUGUAAAACAUGCUCAUGCUUGCAUAUAUUUAGCUUUGGUAAUGUAGUCAGAAAUCUCAACGGGUUUAAGAAUAGUAUAUUCUGUGGUCGACGAAGUAGAACAGCCAUUAUUUGGUUUGUGAAGCCUUUAAUUUUUAAAGUUCAUUGAUUGUGGUUUAUUUUCGCGCGUAAAAAUGUCCGGCUAUUUUAAGUGCCUUCUCAAGUGCUUUGCAAGAUUGCUCUUUCAACGGACGAAUGAAGUGUAUUUUUGCUUAUUACUUAUAUAUCGAAUGAGAUAAAUUUCCAACCCAAUGACAA